UAUUUAGCAUUAAGGAAAGGUUAUGCAAGGCUAAAUCACGCAUUGCCCCUAAUUCUGCAUAUUCAAAGUUGAGGAUAGAAGAAUUUAUUCAUACUGGGGAUAAUAAAUUUGUAGUUGCUUUUUACUUGUCUCUUUUUCAUAAUUUUCCAAGUAGAGAUUCUUAAUGAUGAUACAAUUACAAAUUUGAUGUGUAAGGAUAUAACCAUAUCUUAUAAUAUAGUAAAACGAGAUAGUUUGAAUAGGGGUGUCUUAUGUUUGAAUUGUGAAAAGCACAUAAAUAUUUCAGUACUUCCUAACUCUGAUGCAAUCCCUGAACCCAAAACUAAUGACAGGGACCUCUCAUACAAUUCCUUGAAUGGAUCAAUUCCUGAAAGCUUAGGACAGUUGACAGCAGUACGCAGACUGAAUCUCAAUAGCAACUCUCUGUCGGGAAGAGUCCCAGCUGCACUAGGUGGAAGGCUUUUGCAUGGAGCUAGCUUUAA